UAUCGUCGCUGCGCGUGCAAGACCGCGUAAGAGCACUUUGUAAAUACCGCGUAACAGCAAAACGCGCAAAAUUGAAAUAUCGUGCCUAUCGACUCUAAAGGCCUAUUAUUAGCUACUAGACUUCAUGUGAUUGGAAUUAUCCAAUCAGAAACGUCUGUAGGGCUAUCGAAGCAAUACCGCGGAACAGUAGGAGGUCUGAAGUUGGAAGUAAGCGCGCGUAUUAUCAGCGGCCGCGAGUAAAAUGUAACACGAUUAGUGUGUCCUCCCGAAAAUAAUUAUUUUUACGUGAAUAACCAGCAUAUAAAUCCUUGCAUUCUCAAGUUAUUAAGUACCCAAAUGAUGGAAGACCAAGAAAACUCUAUUUUAGAAGAUGCGGAUAUUAAUAAAGACGUCGUGACUUUGCGAGAGCUAGCUGAAAGGCGAAAAAUAUUGUUAAAGAAGAAGAGAGCAAUUUUAAAUAGAUUUAAUUAUCAAAAUCAGCCAGUUAUACAACCAAAAUCUAGACCUUUGUCUGAGAAUCAAAAUUUACCACCAGAGAUACCUUUGUCUGAGAAUGAAAGUUUACCUUUGUCUGAGAAUUUAACUUCCGAGUUUACUACAAUGACAACGAUUUUGAACCCUCUAGAUUCGAUGCAAAAUGAAUACAUGCCUACGGCGAAUGAUGUAGCAGAAAAUCUAAUGACUAAUAACAUUGAUUUUACGUCUGACGAUCAUUCUUUUGUUAAUUUAUCAGACAUUACAAACUUAAAGCCAUUAUCGCCAGAUUGUGUAGAGUGGUUUCCAGAAAGAGAAAUGGAAGAAAAUAAAAAAUAUAGAAAAAAACGCAAAGGAGAUCAGAAUAAUUGGAAGAGAAUGAAAAAUAAGAGACAGAGAAUGAUGGGAAAAGAGUACAUUGGAUUUAAAAAAGAGGGCAAUAAAUUUGUUCAGAACGAUCCUAAGCCAGCAAGAGAAAUGGGUCCAUUAUGUAUGUCAACAAAAUGCUUCGGUGGUAAAGCUAUGUACUGUUCAAAAUUAACAGAAGAAGUUCGAUCAGAAAUAUUUAAUAACUACUGGAAGAUGACUUGGCAAGAAAAAAAAAUGUAUAUAUCUUCAAUGGUGGAUAAAAAACCAACAUGUAGAAAAACCAAGGACUCAAAUUCAAGACGAAGUGAUACUAAAAUUUACUAUCUAAAAGUUAAUGAUAAAAAAGAAAGAGUUUGCUUACAGACAUUUUUGGCAACACUGGGCAUAAAAGAAUGGACAGUUCGCUAUUGGCUUGGAGAAAGGAUGAAACAAAAAACAACAGAAGUCAUAGAAAAAGAACCCAAAAGAGAAUUAGCUAAAAAAUAUUUAACUCUACUACCGAAACUACCGUCCCAUUACUGCAGACAAUCUACUUCAAAGUUAUACUUAGAACCCAUCAUACAAUCAAAAUCACAGUUGUAUCGCCUUUAUGUCGACUACUCGGCUUCAGAAAAUAAACCUGUGGCAUCUAGAAAAGUAUUUGAAAGCGUUUUGUUUGAGGAGAAUAUUGGAUUGUUUCAACCAAAAAAGAAUGCUUGCGACCUGUGCUGCGCACACAAAGUUGGCAAUUUAUCAGAUGAGCAGUAUGCUAAACAUAUUGAACGAAAAGACUUAGCUAGAGCUGAACCUAUGCAAAACUUUUAAUUAAUAAUAAAUUGUUAUUAUUUCUUAGUUUUAGAUAAUUAUUUUGAUCUCUCUCAUAAGAAGUCUGAAAUCUUAUAAUAAGAUCUCUAUUAAAAAACAGAAUAGUAGUAAUAUCCUUUCAUAAACUGAUUUUGAUAAUACAUCAUAUUUUUCUAAAAUUAUAUUGAUUAAGAUUUGUUUUUUGUCAUAAUAAAUACAACCUUUACUAAAUUGUUUUAUUUAAAAACCGCGUACCUAAGAAAAGUAUACUACUUAUUUUGUAAUUAGUUAAAGCAUAACCGCGUAAAUGACUUUACACAAAAUCUAAACCAUUUACGAGUAGAUUUACGUUAUAUUCCAAUGAGGGAAGUUAUAAAGAACUAACUGUCAAGUUCAGUCGGUAAUAAGAAUUGAAAUCGCUGAGAUAAUUAAUUUUUUCUUCCUCCUGUAAAAUCAUCUAAAAGCAAAUACGCGGUCUUUACAAGUUGCACUUACGCGGUCUCGCACGCGCAGCGAC